CUUACACUGUGAGUGAAGAAUAAAAAAAAAGGAGUUGAUAUGCAUUUUAUCUUAGCUGGUUUGGUGGAGAGGUUAUUACGGAAGCAGAUAAGCUGACAUGGAUGGGGAGGGUUAUAGAGAAUUAAAAAAAAAAAACCCUUGUUGCGCAUGACAUCUGCCGCAUCUCUCGAUGAAGUAGCUGAACCACAGUUAAAAUGGGCUUUUCCGUUACCUCGGCUACCUCAGCUGCCAGUGCGAGAGGGACCGGAACCAAAACAAAACUUUGCUACGAAAGACAUGUUUUCACAUAGCUUUUGAGUCACGCAUCUAAACUUACAAGCAGCUUUUAUGCUUAUAUUUUUCUUUUUCAUUGCAAUUUACAUCCUUUUAAGUAAAACCGCACUCGGUUUUCACUCUUCUUACUUUUGGCUUCUUUUUUUAUGCUGCCACUGUGACAGGAAAUCACCAAAGAAACGAGAGCGAUAAAAUGGAACAAAACAUCACUGACUUACUAAAUGAUGCGUUUUCAGAUACAGUUUUGCCAUCUUACCAGGAAGAGGAUCUAAACUUUGAUGCCCUAAAUUUUAAUGAGAGUGACGAAGAAAGAACUGAAAGCAUUGGCUUCAGCUGGCUUCCAGGGCUAAAAGAAGUGGAUGAAGAUCUAGAGCAAAUGAAAGAAACUGUGGAAGUCUUCAGUAGUAUGUCUGGGGAGGAAUGCCAGUGGGAUAUUCAGAAUGUAGGGGCUCUAGCAUAUGAUGUCACAGUAGAAACGAGCAAUGAAGACAGAGAUUUGAAGGGAGAAAGAGAUGAGAAUAAUAAAGAAAAACUCAGCAACAAGGAGAAUGAUUCAACAGAAGAAGAAGGUGAUGAUGUUGUGCAAGAAACCAGCAAUAAGGAGAGAGAUUCAACAGAAGAUGAAGGUGAUGAUGAUUGGCAAGAAACUAGCAAUAAGGAGAGAGAUUCAACAGAAGAUGAAGGUGAUGAAGGUGUGCAAGGAACCAGCAAUAAGGAGAGAGAUUCAACAGAAGAUGAAGGUGAUGAUGAUUGGCAAGGAACUAGCAAUAAGGAGAGAGAUUCAACAGAAGAUGAAGGUGAUGAAGACGUGCAAGGAACCAGCCAUAAGGAGAGAGAUUUCACAGAAGACAAACAAGAGGAUGUUGGAAUGGAUGAUUCUGGUCAUCCUGACUACUUGUCUCGGGUGGCCAAUUUGAAGGGUCAAUAUUUAGAGGAAAGAGAGGAAGUCACAGAUUAUCGAGGAAGUACACAGAUUUUGUUUCAGGAUGAACGAGAUAUUGGUGGUGAUGAAAAUACAAUGAAAAUGACCUUUUCUCAUGUACUACCUCCACAUGCAGAGAUGCAACAGGAAGGAAGAACAAAUGAAAAACUGGAGAGCAGAGAAGAAAAGAAAGAUGACGAAGAGAAAGAAGUCAUAGCUGAGGCACACAGUGGGACCAGGCAGUUUGCUGUUGGCCUAUUGUCCCAUGGCAAAGACAACUUUGACAAACAGUUUCUCGAAGGCUUACAUCAUCAUCAUCAGCUUGGGGGAGACUUGAAGGAGUUUUCUGAGGACGACCAAGGAGUGAUUGGAGAAGACUAUGCAGAGUACCCCUCAGAGUGCUUUCAGCAGGAAGAUGAAGAAGACAGAGAGAAGGAAGUGGGAGGGAUCAAAACUGAAUCAACACAGGAAACAGGAAAGCUGGAAGGUAAUGCACCUCUGGAAAGAGAGCUGUCUGAAUGGGAACUUCUAGAGAAGCAUACAGAUCUCUGCAAGGAGCAUUUGUCCUGGAAGGAAACUGUAGGGGAUCUUCUAAAGGACAAUGAUGCCUUUGUUUUGGGAAAGAUAACAGAAGAGCAAGGUUCAGAGGAAGGCUGGAUAGAAGAGGAAAAUAUGGAUAUGGAAGAGAAAGACAUGGGUAGACAUGCAGAAGGUGAAAGAGACGUGCUGGAAGAGACUGGGGCUUUAUCUUCAUAUUCUUUGAGCGAGCAAGACAAUGAAGAAUUAGAAGACCUCGAAUCAUUAAAAGUUACAAAGGGAAGCGAAUCUAGCGAAGAGGAAUUUAUUGAAGGGGAACAUUUACAUGACAACAGACAAAAGUUUAGUGAUACACAAGAUGAAAGUGAUGAUGAACUUCAGUGUAAAAAUGAAAUAGAGGAAGCGGAGUGUGGUCAAGAAAAUGAUGGUGAAUCUAGUUUCAGUUGUACAGGUGGUGAUGGAAAGAGGGAUUUCAUGGAACUUGAAGAAAGGAAUGAUGGCUACCCUGGUCAAAGCAGUUUGCUGGAGACCCUGGGAACCUGGAAUACACAGACUUCAGGUAUUUCCUUCUCUGGCACAGACAGUGACAGAAGCUCAGAGGACAGUUUCAGCCUGUCAGAGCCUUUAGAAACCUCAAGUUAUCCAACCACUUGGCCAAAAGAUGGGACAGAGCCUGCAUCUCUAAACAUCUCAGAGCAGAGAGAAUGGAUCCUCUCAGAAGCUUCAGCACCAGGGACUAAAGAUUUUGGGUAUAGAGAGGAGAGGUCCUGGAAGACAGAGAUGACACCAGAGGAGCUAACCUCAGAAGCACAUAACGCAGCAGUGUUGGAGCCCCACGGUUCUUUCAGUUUUCAGCAUAUGAUCAGCCAAGAGCUGGAGAGAGUAGGCCAGGAAGUGACAGCUACAGAUGUAGAUGUUAUGGGAGAGCCUGGAGAGGAAAUCACCACACAUCUUCCCUCUGAACACGAAGCUUACAGUGCCGUAGGAGUAGAGGAGCAUGAGUUCCAUGAUGACGAUGACAAUGAGGAAGUACAAGAGAGGAACUGGGAGCAGGAGAAAGAGCGAAUUGAGGCUUUUUACCGCUAUUACAACGAUGACCAAGAUGGCGCUGCGGAGUAUGCAGCCCUGAAUAACUCAGAGAGGAAACACACCGUGAGGUUCUGCCUUCAGACCAACCUUCCGACAGACAGCAGUGACAUGGAAGACGGGGUUAGCAGCUCCUCAGAUGAGGCGGAGGAACACGACACACCGGUGACCAGGAUGUCUUUGGACUUUGAGGAGGACAACGAUGGUGAGAGACAGAGGGAAGACUUUGUCCUCCUACUGCAGCAGACUCAGGCGACUCAAAGGGAGAUACUGAAACUGAGCACAGAGCUGAAGGCCCAUCGCAGGAAGAGCAAGUUGUCCAACCCGCUGUAUGGCUGUCUGAAGAUAAGCCUGGUGACAGUGCUGGGAGUCCUCUUCUUCUGGUGGGCCACAGACCAGCUGGAGUGGAUGGCAUAAUUCGAAGGAGCCCUAGAGACACCCAGUCGGCGUGUGGCCAAUGUACUGACAUUCACUGUAAUUUCAUAAAAAUCAUGCUAUAAAUGCUGUCACUGUGUCAAAACAUUGCAACGGGGAGAAAAUGUAUAAUUUGACCCGCCGUACGAGACUACAUUUUGUGUAACGAAGUUCUUCAGGUCGAACGUUCAAAGUGAUUCGUAAUUUGAAAGGUCUGACCUUACAGCAAAAAACUUGCAACUGUAGACAUAAACUUGGAAAACAGGGUGUUAUUUCUGAAUUUUAUAUCCGAGCAACUGCUGACAUUUUUACAAUAGGCUUAGAUGAAUUUAUUGUUGUGCGAAAUCUCAAAUGCAUUUUAUUUUUGCUAGAUGGUAAAUUUUAACAUGUGAUGUUUCUUUAUUAAUCUCUUAACUGACAUUGUCUUUGGUAAUAAGUAAGUUCACCUCAUUUCCUUAACCACGGCAGCUUUAACAUACGUGUUCGGCUAAAUAAGUGUAUUACUGUGCAUUUGGAAAAGAAAAUAAAGGUGUCUUUUUUCGGUUUUCCGUCUCAGCGCGUGUCCUGCUUGCUCCUGCUCGACGUCCCUUGUCCUUGGCGAGUGUUUGGACACUGUAUACUCUGUUCCACGACAGGACACUUCAGAAGGAUCAGCAUGACGUGGUAAUAAAGCACUUGAACGGGUUGGUCCUCUCACACACCUCUUCAUCACACACAGUAGGAAGCGCAUACGUAAGAGGAUUCCCACACGGUGUCCCGGAAACGGUAAAGCCCUCCUCAUUUAUACAGCCUCCUUUGCCUCACAGUAAACUAGAAAAUGUGACACAUGUUUCGAGGGAGGCGAGAGGGCACCUGAAAACAUGAGGCAAACCUCACAGCACCCGGA